AUGCAAUCUUCAGACAAAUCUUGUUUCCUCCGUUCGGUGGUUUCGGAGGUUGCAGGCUCUUGCGACGGCUACUGGCGGGUAAGAGGGCUUCAGCAUUUCAAAGUGAUUAUCUUCACGGAUAACAGAUACUUGGUGACAUACCAGCUCUUGGCACAUAUUUUUUUGAUGUUGAGUUUUUGUUUUGCAUUCUUUCUGAUGCAAACAUGUUGUUUCGAAUGUUAUGUCUUAUACUUUAUGUCAUUGUUGUGUGAUUAGAUCUUCGUAGAAACAAGUCGCAGCAGUCUUACAGAUUUUCCAAAUGCUUAUGUUGUGUAUUGAUUCUAGCAUGAGUUCUGAUCAAGAUGGCC